AAUAUUUGAAAGGAUUUAUUUCUAGUGUCAUAUUUGUAAUUUAGUAGAAAAAGAAGUGCAUUUCUGGGAAUUGUUGGUUUAUCCGCAUUCUCAUUUGUGAAAAACACAAGGAGAAGAGUUUUCAGUUUCUUUUGUGAAUUUUUUGUUAAUGGCGAUUUCUAUUCCCACCACUAAAUUCAAUUUGUUAAAACUACCGUCGUCUACUUAUAGCUCUUCUCCGCAGUCGUCUUCGGUUCCGUUGGCAAGAAGGAAUAUAUUCAUCCCUCUACAUUGCACUGCCAAUCAACAACUGCAGGAGGAUAUAGGAAUUAUGUGUGAACCAUGCAGUGGGAAAGGAUGGUUGCUUUGUGAUUUCUGCAAUGGGCAGAAGACCAACGUAAAAGCACAAAAUAACCGAAUCUACCGCCGCUGUCCAUCUUGCAGAGCUAUUGGAUAUGUUUUAUGUUCGAAGUGCAAAGUUUUCAAAUGCGUUACCUUUCCAGACUUCAGUGACCUCGGUGAUGAGGUCUGAUCAUCUUAUUGUACCAGAUAUGUAUAAUUCUUGUUUUUCUAUCUUUCUUCUUUUGUUCAUGAGCAUAUUCCUGAAGGAUGUAAUGCUUUCUUUUUUAGUACGUAUCAAGUAUGAUCAAUCUUGGAACUGAGCUCUCCCCAUUUGAAGUUGUCACUUUGACUCAAACAGCAAAUUAAUCUGAUGACUUUGAAUCGUCUCGGGGCCUUCAAUUUCCCAAACUUGUCGUAGACGCAAAUCUUUUGAAUGACGGACGUCUACAACAUUACUGAAAAACCGCCAUCAUUUAUGGAUUUUGGAGAAAAAUGCAAAAUCAUGUGGUGGUGGGUUGGGAAGCUAAACAGACUGACAUGAGAAUCUCUGAUUAGUCAACCAAAAACUUAACACCAGCAGCAGGAUUACUCGCCAGAUCUCCCACCCACUUACCCCGCAAAACACCAGGUUCUUUUGCAUCAUCAUGUCGGUGAUAUUGCCUAUAAAUUAUCUUCUUCUUCUACAUCUUUAGAUUCAGAUCGGCAUGUACAUUAAUGGAACUUGUUUACUAUAUGAGAUUAUAGCUUGAUUAGAGAGACAGAGAGAGGGAGACGUUGAUCAGAGGAUGAGUCUUGCCGAGGUUCAUUGCGUCUCUACAACAAAAGUUCAUCCAGCAAGUUACAUCGAAAAAUCUGAAGAUGGUAGUAGUAAGCGGAUUGAUCUGAAUCCAUGGGAUCUAGCAUUUCUUAGAAGGCCAUACAUGCAAAGGGGUCUUCUCUUCACUAAGCCACAAUCAAUAAUAUCCAAGCAAGAAGAAGAAGAAACAAACAAUAAUGUUAUGAAUAACAUGAUAAGUCAUCUUAAAACUUCAUUGUCCAAUACCCUUGAUCAUUUUUAUCCUCUAGCUGGUCGUCUUGGUAUCGAAAAACAUGAGGAUGACAACAAAAUCUCAGUCUACAUCAACUGCAACUCUGAGGGUGCAGAGUUCAUCCAUGCCACUGCAGACAUAUCCAUUGACAACAUCCUCUCUCCAAUCUACACUCCUCAAAGCAUAAUAGAUUCGUUUUUUACCCUCCAUGGGGUACUAAACUACGAAGGUCAGUCACAUCCUUUGCUUUCUAUUCAGCUACAUAGACGGAAAGGCUCUCUGGUGGUCUACCCCGGUGCAACCUUAUCACCCAUCAGAUCAUUGUUUAUGGUGAGUGCUAUUCCUGAGCAUCGGUUAUCCAACAUUGGUGGAAAAUACCAGUAUUUUCUGCGAGAACAGUUUAUAAUGUAGGCAGCACAACGGAAAAUUUCUUAAACCACAAUGUCUUAAAUAAACCAGCACAUAGAAAUUCGAAACGAAAACCCACCACAGGUAAAUCCUAAUGAUGCACACUUCUGACGAAAAUGGUUAAAAAACUUUUAAAGUAAUUAUACUUGACAAACGAAAUUGAAACUAAAACCCACCAUGAUUAUAUAUGCGCGCGGUUGAAGUUGUAGCUAGCUAGUUGCUCGCCGUCCUUGAAGAUGCCCCUUUAUUUCUCCACCCGCUGCCAUUAGCAAAGACACCAGAUCGUCCACAUAACGCGCUUGUGGUUGCCCCUUUAUUUCUCCACCCGCUGCCGCCACCAAGAGUGUAUACGUGUAUAUCUCCUAUACUAGAAAGUAGGCCUAUAUAUGUGAUUCUGACAACCUUGUACUCGUUGGUUUGCGGACUGUAACCAAAGCGAAUAUGUAGGCGGUAUCUUCUAUCAGCAUCCAGGUACUCGUUAAAUCCUUGAAGAUGCGAGCAUUCUCUGGUAAUGGGAUUACAGAUAUGGAUUGAAUCUGGGAAGGCGCUCUUCCUAGGUUUAUCUAAACAAAUCAAACCAUGGCAAGAACCAGCUAGAGAACCCGUGCGGCACUUAGGGGGUUCAAUGGGAGGGUGAUUGAUCAAGUUAAUUUUUCUUGGAAAUGUUGGAAUGCACUUCUGGUCGUGAUAAGUACUAUCAGUUCCCUCGUUAUAUUCUCCAUAGUAAAGCUGUUGAACACUAUUGUUUUUAUC